GUUAUUUAAAUAUUGAACCAUGUGAAUGUGACUGGAAUAGUUGGCUAUUCGAACAUUAUUGUAAUACUCGACGACUCAAACAUAUGAAUAUUCUAACAUUAUUUGACUAUUUGUUUACGUAAACAUUCCACUAUGUAAACAGACAUUUCAGGUGGAGAAAACAUCGCGACAAUUACAAAAUAAAAAAAAAAACACGCUGUUUAAAAUAAUAUUUCAAACAGUAUCGUUCGAAAAGUCCCCAAGUCCGAGCGUGUAAAUACUUUCUCGCGCCACUGUACGUGUGCGCACACGUGCCGCGUACACAAUGUACAAACAUUCGCGAACACCAUUCUUGCUACUAUAAUUUUCAUCGUACGGUCUUUGUCAUCGGAUCGCGCACAUAAAUAUCGAUUCCCUGUCUAUAGAACCGUUCACCAAGUAUACUGCGCGUAUAUGCAAAAAUUCAGAUACGUAUUCACUCUUGUUCGUAUAAAUGUAAAUUUCGUCCUUUUGCACACAAAUAGCCGGCACCUUUGCACGUACGACACCACUAUGUACCCAUACACGCCCCACGUGUUUGUCUCCAUUGGUGGAAAAGUUAACCACUGCCCGUUGGUAUAGUACAGAGAGCAUUCCGUAGUAUAUAAGGGCGACUGUUUCGUACCGGGACGCAUAACCGAGGGAGUCAUUCCAUAACACGCGCUCCACACUCCGGGGCGACCACUUCCUCCACGUUCACGGCACUUUCGUCACGUUGUGAUUUGUGAUCGCCGGUGGCAAUCCACAGCCGCACCGUCAAAGUGAAUUACUCGGAUAAAUCGAGCCCUCGCUCCUUGGAUCGAAGAUCGCUCGCGGAAGGACCUUGCGCCCUUUGUCUCCGCCGCCGCGCUAGAUCCGCUCUCGAUAUUCCAUUCGCGUUUGAAUUUACGCAAUUGUUAUCCAAGUGGACAAUAAUAACGCGAAAAAUCUGAACGGUUUAUCGGGCUCGGUGGAGAAUUCAGAAUGACCGCCGCGAUGCUCGUGAUGGGAGGAUCUUGGGUUACGUUGACUUUGUCGAUGUGCCUGAUGGCGAUCGUUCUGGUGAUGAUCGUGCGACGAGGGAGGUUUUUGUACAAGUUGAGAGAUGUGCCUUAUCCUCCUGCGCUUCCUAUCAUCGGGAAUGCUUAUCAGUUGUUCUGCAGUCCGGAAGAGUCCUUCAAGAGAUUAGUCCAAUGGGGGAGAGAGUUGGGUGAUAUGUAUCUAGUUUGGGUAGGCAUGCGUCCGUUUAUCUUCCUCUACAAGGCAGAAGCGAUACAGCCAUUGUUAAACAGUAGCGUUCACAUCGACAAAAGCUUAGAAUACGAGUAUUUACAUCCUUGGCUAGGUUCUGGCUUGGUGACUAGUGCUGGUGAAAAAUGGCACUUUCGUCGGAAAUUACUGACACCGACGUUUCACAGCGGACUUUUGGAGACAUACUUCAAGACGACGAUGAGAGAAGCCAAAGUAUUAAUAUCUUGUCUUAGAAAUGAAUUAGGCAAACCUGCAUUUGACAUUGUUCCGUACGCGAAACGAGCAACACUGGACGUAAUAUGCGAUAGCACCAUGGGAUGCCACAUUAAAGCGCAAACAAAUUUCAGUAACGAAUACGUGCAAGCUGUGAAUACGUUAGCUUCGAUUUCGCAAAGGAGAUUUUUUAACGUAUGGAUGGCUUUCGACCCGAUCUUUAAAUUAACAACAUGGGGGAAGCAGCACGACCACGCUCUACGCAUUGCUCACGAAUUCGUUAAUAAAAUAAUCGCAGAAAGGAAAGCGAAAUGGAAUGCCAACAAAAAUGGGAAUUCAAACGAACGGCCCGGUAAAUAUCAGGCUUUAUUGGAUCUGCUAUUCGACUUGUCAGAAGGUGGCAAAGUGCUCACCGAUCACGACAUCAGAGACGAGGUGAACACGUUUAUGUUCGCGGGUCACGAUACCACGGCGACCAGCGUCUCAUGGAUUUUGUAUGCUUUGGGCCGAUAUCCUCAGUAUCAGAAAAAAAUUCUUGAAGAGUACAACGAAGUAGCAGGAACAAAGGAAUUGACGUUAGAUAUAUUAAACAAACUAACCUGGCUGGAAGCGUGCAUAAAAGAGUCUUGGAGAUUGUAUCCUGUGGUAUCUCUAAUUGCAAGACAAAUUUAUAAUCCUAUUACAAUAAUGGGACACGAUAUUCCAGUAGGAUCGACGGUCCUCGUCAACGCGUUUCUACUUCAUCGUGAUCCACGAUACUUUCCAGAUCCAGAGAUCUAUCGACCAGAACGGUUCCUUCCUGACGGGCCAAAGUACCCCUCUUACGCUUUCGUCCCCUUCAGCGCAGGAUCCCGGAAUUGCAUAGGAUGGAAAUACGCUACCAUGAUGGUAAAAGUUCUUGUUCUCAACGUGGUGAAAAAUUUCCACGUGGAAUCGCUGGAUACCGAAGAUCGGCUCCGCUUCAUCAGCGAAUUAGUGCUGGCCAAUGCUGAUGGGCUUCAAUUAAGGAUUACUCCGAGGAUGCAGGAUAUCUGUGGGUAGUUUCUCUGCAAAUGUAUCCAACCGAUUCGAUGGAACAGCCGAAGAUAUAUUUUUUUAAACGUGAUUAAAAAAUGAUAGGGUAAAUGACUCUAUUACCGGCUACGUAAGAAUUUAAUUUAAUAAAUAAAUGUCAUUUCUGUGGGAUCAAUCGAGAGGGGUUGCUGUGAUAUUAUGAACACAGAUGCGUAAUAAAAAGCAAACGUUGUUGUAGAAUAAAAUGCGGUGGCAUGUCUUUACUGCUCGCUCGCUACGUUCAUACUGCCCGUUUUCCUUUUUCCGAAAGGAAAGUUCGGUAUAACACUCGCAUCUGUUUUCCAUCCAUUCGGACUUUUAUCUUUCUUUCUCUCUUUCUCUCAUUCAUACUCUAACGUCGCUUAGGUGGUCCUGCUUUCUCUUUUUGAGAAGCAAUCCUGGGAUGCUAUUCUAACACAAAGAAAAAAAAACAACAUAAUUUUUAUUCACUAUUAUCGACAAAGGUUUGUAU